AUGGCGAGAGGGGCAAAGGUCCACUCAACGGACCUGGGAAGGCCGUUGCCUGAUCUUCUGCGUAGACUCCUCAAACAGCGCAUGGUCCCGUUUGUAUUAGAGGCAAAGGAGGCAGAAGUGGCACUGAAACAACUAGAUCAGAACAAGGCCGCGGGCCCGGACGGGCUGCAUCCAGCAAUCCUGCGGCUUAUUGCUGACAUUAUUGCAGGUGCGCUUACUCAGCUCUACAACCGAUCCCUUGCCUCUGGAACGGUGCCUGCCGACUGGACCACGGCAGAAGUGGAGCCAAUCCACAAGGGAGGAUCAAGGGUGGUAAGCGCGCAGCAUCCAAACGCGGCUUGA